GCCGAUGGGACUUUGUCGCUCACCAGGCCCAGCGCGGAGGGAGAAGCAGGGCCGGGUUCGGUUCGGCGAAGCAGCGUAUCCCUCCGCACCUAAAGCGCGGAGUCGUCGCCCGGCCGUGCAGAGGUAACGGGCAGGUACAGGCGGCGGUGAUUGGCCCGGCUUGCUGCGGAGGCGGGCCCGCACGGUCGCCAAGUAACGGGAGGGCUCCCUGGUUCGGAGAGGGAGAGCAGCAUCGGCAGCUGUGUUAGGCUGAGCCAGGUCAUUGGCCCGCCUGGGUCAGCGUUGGCUGCACUUGACUGGCAGGUGGGCACUGCAGGGUUUUCUCGGGUGGGAGGCGCAGCGUUUGGGAAUCGAACCAGGGACUUUCUGCAUGCGGAGCAGGCGCUCUUUCCCGCUGGGCUACGGCCCGCACCCGGGUAAGUUCUCCCGAGCAAAGCCUUAUUGGCAUUUUCUUGGGUGAUUGAUUGAUUAUUUGGUUGGUUGGUUGGUUGAUUGGGUUAUUUAUUGCAUUUGUUUAUUUAUUGCAUUUUAUUGCAUUUGUUUAUUUAUGUAUUGCGUUUUAAUGUAUUUAUUGCAUUUUAAUGCAUUUAUUUAUUUAUUGCAUUCCGUUGCAUAUAUUGCAUUUUCUCUACGGUGCUCAGGUGGUGCGCAUGGUUCUCUUCUUAACCACCCAGCUGCUCCCCCUCGUUUAAUCUCCCACAACAUUUGUUUAUUUAUUGCAUUUUACUGCAUUUAUUUAUGCAUUGCAUUUUAAUAUAUUUAUUUUUUAUUGCAUUUAUUUACUGAAUUUUAAUGCAUUUAUUUAUUUAUGGUUCUCUUCCUAACCACCCAGCUGCUCCCCCUCGUUUAACCCCCCACAACAACCCUGUGAGGUGGGUUAGGCUGAGACGCCCAAGGUCAAACCAAUGAGUUUCAUGUGGUGGAGCAGGGAUUUGAACCCUGGUCUCCCAGGUCCCAGCCUGUGUGACACCGACUCUCCUUGCAAGAAAAAGGAAAGUUCCCAUUCACUUCUAUAAGGUUUCCGGGUGGGUUGUGCCCUCAUUGUUGCUCAUCCUGAUGCUCCCAAACUGCUCAGCUCUUAGUUAGGUUCGCCAUUAUGGACACCUGGGGUUGUGCCCCAAAAGUUCUGCUCAGAGUAGAUCCAUUGCAUCUAAUGGACCUAAAUUAGCCAUGUCUGUGAACUUCAGUAGGUGUACUCUGAGUAGGGUUGGUGUUGCUUACAGGCUCCUGUAUUUGGCUGGCAAAUGGCCAGUGAUAAAGAUCUGUGAUCUCCUUUCAUGCCCAUCUCGCCUCUGUCUUUUUUUCUUUCCAAUCUGCUGAUCCUUUCCCUCACUUGCUUUUCAACUAUUUCCCCCAUCAAUAUGCACAAUCAGAAAUUUCAGUAUUUUUUAUGUAAUUACAUCGACAAAACAAUAUCAUCAUGAUGGUGAUGGUUCGUGAAAAUAAAAUUCCAGAAUAAGUGUGGCUUAGUGAAUGUGACUUUACUAUUCAGUGUUUUGCUCCGGAGAAUUGUAACAGGUUUGUGUGAAUUGGAUAAUAGUUUUGGUGUAGUUGGAGACUAAAUCAGGCUUUCCAAACCUCUGUAUUUAGAUACAGUACAAUAUUUUUGGCCCCUCUUCCAGAUUCUAGGGGGUGAGAAGUUUGAGAGAAGAGGAGGGUUACAGAUCUCCUUUUCCACCAGAAAGCACGAGGUAGAAAAAAUAAGCAGCACUAUUCCAUCUCUUGCUGCCUUUGGUUGCAUGUAAGUUGUCAUUCUUUCAAGUUAUAGUUAUUCCAUCAGACUACCUGAAUUGUUUCCAUCCCAGCCAGUUUUCGAAUUUUUAGAUUUCUGGCCCUGCCUCUCCUAUACAUACUGUUCCCCCCCCCCCAAAAAAAUUUCUUCUUUGCCUGCUGUAAGCAGCUCUAUGUGUUGUUGUUGUUGUUGUUUUGUUGUUGUUGUUGUUCUUCUUCUUCUUCUUCUUUUUCUUCUUCUUCUUCUUCUUCUUCAUCUACCUUUUUCCCUUACAGGGACUCAAGGUGGCUUGCAGAUAAAAAUAAGAACAGUUAAAAACAUGGGAGGAGGAAAGCAAACAUUAAAAACCAAUUAAACAUUGUUAGAAUUAAAACUCUUUAUUAGAAUCACAGAGUUGGAAGGGACUCUGAAGUCCAACUGCCUGCAAUGCAGGAAUGUCAUCUAAAGUAUGCAUGACAGAUGGCCAUCCACCUCCUUUCAGAAUACUGUACACUCAACGUACACUUUGCCCUGGUUCAGAAUGAAAAUCAUAAAUUCCACCCUGUUAAAAAUGGGCUUCCAGGUGAAUUUUGAACACUGGUUCCAAAUACCACCUUCCACCCACAGGCCCUUGUGACCUUUUAAACACCCAUUUUAUUAAUUAAAAGAACAGUUGCCUGUGAGUGGAGUGUUGCAUUUGCUUAAGAUGAUGACUAGAUUAGCAUUGUGGAACAUGGUUCAGGAAAAAAAUGGCCGUUCAUACAAGCCUCUUAUGCCAAUUUCUACCACUGAGUGAGGUUUUUAAAACUGCAGAAGAGAAGUGUACAGGUGAAACUCGAAAAAUUAGAAUAUUGUGUAUUUAUUUGUUAUAAUUGUGAUGAUCAUGGCGUACAGCUGAUGAAAACCUCAAAGGCUUGCCGUAUCUCGCUUUGCAUGUCAUGAGUCUAUCUCAUACAUUAGUUUCACCUUUUAAGUUGAAUUACUGAAAUAAAUGAACUUUUCCACAAUAUUCUAAUUUUUCGAGUUUCAACUGUAUAUUGACAGUGCUGACAGUCACAGUCUUAACAGUGGUAGAACAAUAUAUCUGUUAAAGCUAUUAAAACCCUACAAAUGAUUACAGUAAAAACAACAUGGCACCAACCCUUUCAUUAUACGUGCGCUAUAAAUGUGCAAACAAACAAACUGGAACCUUUAAGAACUGGUGCCCGAACUUGCCUCUUUCUUCCUCCCUCACCCCCAUCCCUUUUUCGCGUGUCUUCUGUCUUUUAGAUUUGUAAGGCUGAAGACAAGAACUGACUACUGGCUUUCGUACGCCACACAGGGAGCCUUUUCUAAUAAAGCCUAUUGGGACUCAAAUGGCGGACAGUAAUUGGAACUGGAGCUAAUGAGUCAACAAAUGAGGCAGAGUCAACUACAGUAGUACCUCGGGUUAAGUACUUAAUUCGUUCCGGAGGUCCGUACUUAACCUGAAACUGUUCUUAACCUGAAGCACCACUUUAGCUGAUGGGGCCUCCCGCUGCUGCCACGCAGUUUCUGUUCUCAUCCUGAAGCAAAGUUCUUAACCCGAGGUACUAUUUCUGGGUUAGCGGAAUCUGUAACCUGAAGCGUAUGUAACCCGAGGUACCACUGUAAUUUUAGUUUUCUCCCCAUCUUCCUCUCUGUUGAAGUUCUUUGAGGGCAGCACUGAGGCUGAGGAAGAGAAAACCAAUAGGCAGUGCUACCCCCUGGUCUUGGGUGUAAGAAAGAAGGCAGGUAUGGGCAGGCUGAGAUGAUGAUGAUGAUGAUGAUUUUUUUUGUUUGUUUAUACCUCACCCAUCUGGCUGGGUUUCCCCAGCCACUCUGGGUGGCUUCCAACACAAUAUUAAAAUACAGGAAUUCAUCAAACAUUAAAAGCUUCCCUGAACCCUAAAGAUGGGUGAGGUAGUGGCCCCUUCAUAUUGGUGGACCAGCCUCUACUGGGUAAAAAUGCUUUAAGUAGGUUAGGGCACCUGGCCAUUAUUAUUAUUAUUAUUAUUAUUAUUAUUAAUUAAAUUAAUUAAGUUUGUAUACCCUCCUUCAUCUGUAGAUCUCAGCUUAAAAAUACAAGGAAAAAACACAAAAUACAUAAUAAAAACAAGAACAAAACAAUAUUCCCCGUCCCACCAAAUGCAUGUAAAAGGAUAUAGGAUGUUAUUCAGCCUGGUUGAAGAGGAACGUUUUCGCCUGGUGCCUAAAGGUGUGUAAUGAAGGCGCCAGGCGAACCUCCCUGGGGAGAGCAUCCCACAAGCAGGGAGCCACUGCAGAAAAGGCCCUAUUCUCGUGUUGCCAUCAUCUGGACUCUCGCGAAGGAGGCACACAAAGAAGGCCCUCAGAUUAUUAUCUGUCCAGGACAGUUUAUAUGGAGAGAGGUGGUCCUUGAGGCGUUGCAGUCCUGAGCCGUUUAAGGCUUUAUAGGUCAAAUCCAGUACUUUGAAUUGGGCCGGGAAGCUAAUUGGCAGUGAGUGCAGUUGGGCCAGGAUAGGUAUAAUAUACUCAAACCAUGAGCAGCCUGGCCUCCGAAUUCAGCAAAAAAAGGGGGGGGGGAGGACACCAAAAACAGCUAUUAAAAUAACGGUAGACCAAACAAACAAACAAAAACAGAGCUUCAAAGUUCUGAAGUUUUCAUGAAGGAAUAAAUAUGAAUGUUUUCCCCUUGAUAAAGAUAUAUCUGAAACACACAGUGAACAGUUCACUCUUCAUAGCUGCUUUUUGUGUGAGUAAAACCUGCAAUUAAAUGGAUGCUGUGUGUGUGUUUAGUUCCUUUGAAGUACAAUUCCUUUCUCGUUUUAGAGAAUGAUAUUCUUCCACCAUUCUGUUCUGAAGAAAUGCACUUCUGAUCUAAAAGAGUUCACAUUUUAAAGGAAAGCGGUGAUUGUGCACAUUAAAGUAUUGUUAGAUAUGUAGAUAAAACAAAAAUAAAUAAUAGGUGUAUCCAAAACUGGUGAUGUUUGAUAUAACCACAAGCAUGACUGUGAGACGAAAUCAUUGGAGAAAAAACAGUCUUUCAGAGCAUUGAGCCUAAAUGCUUUAUUGUGGUGUAAAGCUAUGAGGGGCAGAGACCACAUUAUCUGAUACUUUACAAAUCUUGCACAUACUGUAUGAGGAGACCCACAAGAUGUAUUUGCUUGUUUAUUGCUUUGCUAGUCAGUAGCAGCAAAGACUGCUCACUGCAACAUUUUGGUGGAACAGCAGAGCUAUUGCACUUUUGCAGUCUGGCCACUCACAGCAGAAGGUGAGCUGGCAGAUUAUGCCCAGCUCAGCCCCACCCUAAGAACACCCCAUUUUGGAGCUUUCUGCCAGGCACUGCCAGCGGGAAUAUUAAUUUUAUUUAUUUAUUUCAUAAAAUUUAUACACUGCUUGGUUGUAAAAUAAUAAUAAUAAUAAUAAUAAUAAUAAUAAUAAUAAUAAUAAUAGAAGAACUGGUUUACGCAUUGUGGUUUAUUGCGAAUGAGCAGCUCAUGGUCUGGAGAGAAGCAAAACUGCAAGUGCUGGCUUCACAUGUAAUGCUAAGCCAAGGCUCUUGGUUUGUUGCACCUGGCUGCAGGCAGGGUGGAGCAAAAUGGGAGUGAUUUAUUAACAGGAAGGCAUAAACCAUGGCUUACCAUCAUGUGUGGAUCAGCUCAGUGUCUGAGGCCGUGUACAGCAUUCAAAAUUUGCCAGGCGCCUGUUGUAUCUUGCAGCUGGCUAUUGGCGGCUAGCGACCAAGUGAAGAUGCCUGGAUGAUGCCAGGAUGAUGCCCGCUGUCUCCACCAUCUGGAGGUGCAUGCCUGGGGAAUCCUUGGAUCUUGACUGUUUUCACAUCCUGUCGAAUUCUAUCCGUUAUAUUUUGUAUGCGCAAUCGGAAUGAAUUUUAGGAACCCAAAAGUCAUAUUGAAAAAUACAACUUUUGAGUCACCUGGCCCAAAAAUGGCAACUAGGCAUUCCGUUUUGGUGACUUUUAAUCCUGGUUUAAGGGGUCAUUUGGCUCCUAGCUUAUAUAUCUGAAUUUCUAACACUGACUGGCUACACAUUUCUGUUUACUCUUCAUCCUGUGUCCUGCUGUCCUGGAAAAGCUUGUUUACAUGAUGUCAGCCACAAUCCAUAUCUAUCCUGUAGUUUCUUGUGAAAUACUGCAUUUUGAUGCAUUUCCCCCCAAAAUCAGCUUUGAUUUGAAUUGAGAACUGCUCAUUGGGUAAAGGCAUUCCUGACUGAUCUCUGCAUGCCAUUCACAUGCAGUGAGUGAUGUAGAUACAUCUCAGACUGUGCUUAUGUGAACAACAGGGUGCAAAUGCAUUUAAAACACAGUGAAAAUGACCUUUAAGCUAGUAGUGUGUACACAGCCAUUGUCUAGAAGUUUUGGCAUCCUGGUGUUGAAAUACAUUUAUAAUGUAACACUGGUGUUUAAAAAUACAGUGGUACCUCGGGUUACAGAUGCUUCAGGUUACAGACGCUUCAGGUUACAGACUCCGCUAACCCAGAAAUAGUACCUCGGGUUAAGAACUUUGCUUCAGGAUGAGCACAGAAAUUGCACGGCGGCAGCGGGAGGCCCCAUUAGCUAAAGUGGUACCUCAGGUUAAGAACAGUUUCAGGUUAAGAACGGACCUCCAGAACGAAUUAAGUUCUUAACCCGAGGUACCACUGUAGAUGGAACAGUGGUAGAUAUUUGCAUGCACUGGGUGGGUUAACAGAAUUUUGGCACCUCUAAGGAGGGAGUUGCCAUUGCUUCCUUUCCAUUCUUAAUUUAUUACUGUCCUCUUAGCACUUGCUUUCAAACUUUGGAAACAUUUCAUAGAUAAAUGUAAAAUGCAUUUAUGCUAAAACACUUAGAGCUUGUACUUUGAAAAAGCCGAAGGCUUCUAGAAUAGAGUCAGAGCUGUAUCAUGUUGCAAAUAUUAAUUCAUGCUCAAACAAGAGCAGUUAGAAUGUUGCUUUCUGAGGCCAAAGGAAAAGGACUGGACCCUGAUUAAAAUAAGACACGAGGCUUUGACUGACAGGCUCUCGGAGGAAGUGCAAAGUGUGUAUCUCCACACACCCAUCCAGGCCGUUUUAUUAACAAAAGAACCCUUUACACAGUGUUCGUAAGAACCAAUCAGAUUUCUUCUUUUUUUCUCUCUCUUCAAAAAUUUUUUUAUUCAAAAUUAAAACAAAACAUAUUAUCCAAAAACAUGUCAUCCUUGUUUUUCCCCCAUUUUUCCUCCCUCCCACACAAAACCCACCCGCCCCCACCCCCCAACUUCCCUCAGUUCCAGUCUUUGGUUUCUCUGAGACUGCUGUUUUCUGCAUGUUACAAAGUUGUAUAGCUCCUCAAACUAUUUCGCUGAUUGUUAUCAAUAAAAAGUUUGUGAAUGUUUAUUCAAAACCUGCCAAGGAGUCCAGUUCACUUUGUUGCGUCUUCAAAUACUUUGUAAAGGGUUCCCAUUCAUCUUUAAAGUCACAGUUAUCCUUGUCCCGUAGCUUAUAUGUCAGUUUUGCCAGUUCUGCAUAGUCCAUCAAUUUCUCUUGCCAUGAUUCUUUAGUUGGGGUUUCUUCAGUCUUCCAUCCUUGUGCUAUUAGAACUCUUGCGGCCGUUGUCGCAUACAUGAAGAUGUUUUUCAGCAUUUUUUCAGCAACUGGGCUGUGUACUUGACUUGUCAAGCAAGAGAAAUGGACAGUAGAGGAAAUGGCCAGAGAUGCAGAGGGUUGUGGGAUUUGAUCAGAAAUUAUUGUCAAUGACUCAAACCCAGUCAACUUUCAUAGCGGACACAAUGGCUUGAUGCAUAUUUUAUAAUUCCUCAUAGUAAUCCCAUCUGAUUUUCACACUCUGGAUAUUUGCACUCCUACAUUAGAAGUACCCUGCAAACAAUGCAAGCAUGAUGUGUGCCUAAUAGAUACCGUAUUUUUUGCUCUAUAAGACUCACUUUUUCCCUCCUAAAAAGUAAGGGGAAAUGUGUGUGCGUCUUAUGGAGUGAAUGCAGGCUGCGCAGCUAUCCCAGAAGCCAGAACAGCAAGAGGGAUUGAUGCUUUCACUGCGCAGAGAUCCCUCUUGCUGUUCUGGCUUCUGAGAUUCAGAAUAUUUUUUUUCUUGUUUAGCUCCUCGAAAAGCUAGGUGCGUCUUGUGGUCUGGUGCGUCUUAUAGAGCGAAAAAUACGGUAUUUAAAAAUACUUGAAUGAAAACGGAACUUGAGAACCUGGCAGACAUUUUUAUAACUGCCUUUCAAAAUGUUGCAUACUCUGGUGUCUGGGUUCAGUUAAUUCUUGGGUGAGCUGUGAGGCUGCGCAGAUGCCUCUCUUGCUAAAAAAAACAAAACAAACCCUACAGUGCAUAGUUUUCCUUGGGCUGGAAUAGUGUGAAGAUGUGGAGAUGGCAGGCAGAUGCGGGUGGUGCUGUGAAAUCGUGGUCAUGCCUGCACAGUUUAAUAGCCAGCUGCUCAAGAAACCUGAGAUAAGAUUAUCGAGGCAGAAGCAGACUUGAUUCUCAGGGAUUGAAGUCAUUGGGUCCAGGCAGCAAAUGCGUCAAAUUGUGUCCUGAACACAUAGCUUUUUGUUCUUCCGUAUACGGGAGGAGUUGCUGUUAUCUCUUGACAAUACUGUUGCAGUGAGGAUAAAACAUGGCCUUCACUCCUGACUCCGUGUGGUUUUCUUCAAGGAGGUUUUCAGUAUAUUUCAUGCGCAGAAUGCAGGGACAUAUGCGCACCCACCCUCCAGGGGGUGUUUGCAGUUACAGGCUCUGCUGCCCUGUGGUGAAGACAUAGCCCCCUCUCAUUAUGACAAUCGGUAUUUUAUUUCUGUAGGUCCUUUAUCAGUCAGUGAUCUUGGAUAGCUUUACGACACACAGUGGAAUUCACUUGACCUCUUUAAGGCAGGUGGAGGGUAUGAUGCAAAGCAGUCAUAGAGAAUGAAAAUACCCUCUCUCUUUUUAGAAAGGGGAAAAGCAGCAAAGUGUGAAUUGUAAGUGGAUGCCUUCAAAGCCCAGAAGUUGCUGGGAAAUGUGUUAAGGGAGAGACACAGCUAAUUAUGUGGAGGGCAAAGGAAGUUUCAUACUGUGCGGUCAACCACUUUAAGAGUUCAUCAUCUACUGACUUUAGUCACAGUUAUUGACCUACUUAGAAACUCAUAUAAGCUAAUCGCCAAAUGGCACCUUAAAUCUAGGUUAUGGUCUCCACAAUGGAAUGUCUAGCUGCUUUUUUUUUUUUACAAUAAGAUUUAUUAUUAUUAUUGUUGUUGUUGUUGUUGUUGUUGUUAUUCCGUGCAUUUCUGUAUUGCUUAUAUAUUAAAGAAAAAAAAUCUCCAAGCAGCUUACAACACAUUAAAACAUCAAAUAAUCCAGAAUCUAGCUCAGUUUGGUUAGAUUCUAUUAUUCUGCUCCCAAGCCAGUCAAGAGCUUUCAAUCUUCAGAACAAAUUCAAGCCUCGAGGAAAAUAUUUCAGAUCCUUCUCUAAGUAACGUUUUGUUUUCCCCACAUUUAGUUAUUUGCUUACUUAAUUUAUAAAGCUGCCCCAUAGCAGAAGUGCUCUGGGGAGCCGGUGUGGUUUAGUGGUUAGGGUGUAUCUAGGGUGCGUGGUUAUUUUUUUGCCCUUCCCUUCAAUCACUCCUGCCCUCUUUUUACCAUUACAGUAGCUUGUUCUGGGAAUGCACGCAGGUAUUUCUGUCCCCAUGCAGUUGGCCUGAUUGUCUGCUUUAAGGGCAGAAGUUUCUCUCUCCCAGGGACCUCAGCCAGAACAUAUAACAACAAAAGGCUUGGCACGGUUUCAGUCAGGCUGAGAUCAUGUACCAGGAUAAAGAAGAAGACAUAAGGCUCUUUAGUCGCUCCGGGUGACCUUCGUGAGAAUCCCUUAUACCCCGAUAAGGCUUGGGAUAAUGCCAGACCCUAGAACAAUGAGGAACUGUUUCUGCAAGUGUUUGCCCUGUGAGCAUCAUCCCUGACCACUGGUCCCUGUUAGCUAGGGAUGAUGGGAGUUGUAGUCGCAAAACAUCGGGAGGGCCGAGUUAACCUAUGCCUAGAUUAAAACAAUCGACAAGCAAUAUUCUCAAUGCUUUAAGAGAUACGAAAAAAGGUUUACAAAUGGGUAAAAGCUUAAUGGUAAGGAUUUGCUGAACUAACAAACUGAACUGGAAUACAAAAAAGGGAGGUAUGUGGAGGUCCGGGGAAAUAAGUGUAAGGAAGAUAUGCUAUGGAAAAUUAAUGUGUUUUUAACUGUUUUUAUUUUGUAUGUUUCUUUUUAUUUUUCAUUUCUUUGUUAUACCUUAAUAAGGGUUUUUUUAUUCUUUUUGCUGUAUUUUGUAUUUUCUUGUAUUUUUAUUUUUUGUUUUUGUGUAAUUCUUGUAUUCUUUGAAAUUUUAAUAAAUAUCAUUUAAAAAAAAAAGACAAGCAAGAGAAGAUUUUUGGAAUGUCAGGGAAAAGAUAGAAGUGGCCUUUUCCUUCUCUGGACUCCAUCUUCGCUUCAUCUCUUUUUCACAGAUGCAGUUUAUUCUUGCGUCCUUUGAUAGCAUAUCUUCUCUGGAAUACACACAGAGAAGAAAACUUUGCCUUUAGCUUCCAUUCUUACUAGUUGUAAUAAUUUUACACCAAGUGAAGCUUAUCCACCCUGAGCCCGGUCCUGGCUGGGGAGAGCAGGGUAUAAAUAUAUUAUUAUUAUUAUUAUUAUUAUUAUUAUUAUUAUUAUCUGUGCAGAAUUUUCCAAAUCCUUUUUGGACAGCUCUUAUUCCUGCUCAAGGUUCAGGCUUCACUAUGGGGAAAAAAAUUAAAACAUUUUUCUUUAAUUUUUACCUGUAGCCAUUUUUCGUUUGAAUUUUUCCAGGAUCAAAUAUCCUGGAAUAACAGAUUCAUUUAACUUCUAUCUAAGACCACAGGAGCCUCUUCCCUGGAAUCUAACUCUGGAUUGGGAACUCUUAAACCAAAAGCCAUAUAGGUGAGACAGCCAGGAUAAUGUAGAAUUCAGCAAUGGUUAAGGCAUAGUUAAUUUUAAUCUUGCAUAUAAUAAUAAUAAUAAUAAUAAUAAUAAUAAUUGAUUAUUUAUACCCCACCCAUCUGCAGCGAGGGAACCGCCAGAAGGCCCCUGGCGCUGGAUCUCAGUGUCCGGGCUGAAUGAUGGGGGUAGAGACGCUCUUUUAAGUUAGGUUUAAUAGUUAAAAUAUUCAUAUUUUAUUCAUAUUUUAUUUUGUUUUCCAUAUAAUCAGUUGUAUAUGUUGUUCCUUAUUUCUUUCUUCUCCAAAAUUCAUUCAUGUGUAAUGUGGUAUUGAUUUCUGUUUGAUAUUAUUAUAAUCUUUCAUAAAAACUUAGUUGGUCUAUAAGGUUCUACUAGACUAACAAACUUAGUUGGUCUCAUUCACUGGUCUUCUGCUGAUGUAUUUAAAUACACUUUCUAACGGAUUUUAGCUUCUCCCAAGACUUGAGUCCUGUUCAGUCAGACCCUUUUGCAAGUUGCAGCAAUGUAAGAACCUCAUAAUCGAAGGGUGCAUUUUGAGCUAAAAAUGUAAUUAAGCUUUCACCAUGUUAUUGUCAUGUUUUUUAGAAAAUGCAAGAAAUACUGUUUGCAUGGAGGAAACCGUCAGUUACUGUGGGUGGGUGUUUUCUUUUAAAGUGCAAUGGUAACCUUGUUAACGGGGUUUCUUUUUGCAGCAAUGUGGAGUGAAGAUCACACUAUUAACCUGAAAAAGGAGUGCUUGUCUUCUGCGCCAUGCUCUAAGGUACCUGCACAUGAAGAUGAAAAGGCCAAGUGGGUUUUUAAAAGGUACUUUCAAGUAAGUGACUCUGUCUAUGAUAUCAGCCGUAAAUUCUUGUUUUAACAUCUUGUUUAUUAUUUCUCCUUACGGGGUAGGGUGUUAAAGCCUGACUGCUGGAUUUGUUUUAAAAGUUAUAUUUGCCACUAAAUCCUGGAAUGUUUAAAAAAAAGAACACCACCCAUGCUUGGUUCAGUGAAAGCACAAGAAAAAAGAAGUUGUGCUUUGCUUACAAAAAGCUUAUGAUUUAUUCCACUGCUUUCUGAAUACUAUUUUCAGACUUAGGGUUUAUCCGUACUUUCUAUUGUUCCACCGCAUUCCUCUGGGGGGAAACCUCUCUUUAGCGCUCAAUCGGAACAAAUGGCAAUUCAAGUUUGUCCCAUUUGCCUUUUGUUCUGAUCUAUCGCUAAAGAGCAGGUUUUCCUUUGGAAAAGAACGGGGCAAGGGGAAAACCGCCCUUAAUCCAGUGGCAGAUUACCGUAUUUUUUCGUGUAUAAGACGCCCCCAUAUAUAAGACGACCCCAUUUUUUAAACCCAAAAUUAAGAAAUUAAGUUGUUUACCCUCCCAAUUGCCGCUGCCAAUCUCCUGCUUGCUGCUGCCAUUAACCACACGUCCCCCCUCUGCAUUCACUAUCCAUAUAUAAGACAAAAUAAUAAAAAAAUUCCUUCCGGUAGCACCUUAGAGACCAACUAAGUUUGUUAUUGGUAUGAGCUUUCGUGUGCAUGCACACUUCUUCAGAUACGUAUAUAAGACGACACCCAAUUUUUGCCUAUUUUUUUUUUUAAGCAAAAAGCAUCAUCUUAUACACAGAAAAAUACGGUAUGUUGUUGAUAAUGUAAUCAAAUAGUCUUUUGCAUUUUUACUCAAGUCCUGCUUAUUUAAUUGGGACUUAAACCCUAGUGAGUGUGCAUUGGAUUGCUAUUUGGGUCUGUAUUUUGUGUCAAGAGCUGGAGUCUUAAUAAUAGAUGUGAAUUGGGAAAUAGGGGGACCCUAUGGACGAGCCUCAGCAACCUCAGAUAUGCAGAUGACACGACCUUGAUGGCAGAAAGUGAGGGGGAAUUAAAGAACCUUUUAAUGAGGGUGAAAGAGGAGAGCGCAAAAUAUGGCCUGAAGUUCGACAUCAAAAAAACGAAGAUCAUGGCCACUGGGCCCAUCACCUCCUGGCAAAUAGAAGGGGAAGAAAUUGAGGCAGUGAGAGAAUUUACUUUCUUGGGCUCCAUAAUCACUGCAGAUGGUGACGGCAACCACAAAAUUAAAAGACAUCUGCUUCUUGGGAGAAAAGCGAUGACAAACCUAGACAGCAUCUUAAAAAGCAGAGACAUCACCUUGCCAACAAAGGUCCGUAUAGUUAAAGCUAUGGUUUUCCCAGUAGUGAUGUAUGGAAGUGAGAGCUGGACCAUAAAGAAGGCUGAUCGCCAAAGAAUUGGUGCUUUUGAAUUAUGGUGCUGGAGGAGACUCUUGAGAGUCCCAUGGACUGCAAGAAGAUCAAACCUCUACAUUCUUAAGGAAAUCAGCCCUGAGUGCUCACUGGAAGGACAGAUCGUGAAGCUGAGGCUCCAAUACUUUGGCCACCUCAUGAGAAAAGAAGACUCCCUGGAAAAGACCCUGAUGUUGGGAAAGAUGGAGGCACAAGGAGAAGGGGAUGACAGAGGACGAGAUGGUUGGACAGUGUUCUCGAAGCUACCAUCAUAAGUUUGACCAAACUGCGGGAGGCCGUGGAAGACAGGAGUGCCUGGCGUGCUCUGGUCCAUGGGGUCAUGAAGAGUCGGACACAACUAAACAACAACAACAUGGGCCAGCAGUUCUUAAGUCUGGGAAUUGGUUUGUGUACCAGCUCUGAGUGGAGUUGCAUUUCCCCUGAAGGAGCAGGUACACAGUUUGGGGAGCUUCUAGAUGCAUUGCUGUUGCUAGAGGCCCAGAUGGCAUCAGUGGCUUGGAGUGCUCAUUUCCAGCUUCAGUUGGUGUGCCAACUCUGACUGUUCUUGGACUGUUCUCAGGUUGUCCAGUUUCCAUUUCUUGAAAAUUGCACACAAAAAUAUACAAUGAAAGAAAGCCUUUCUUGAUUUUAUUGGUAUGUGUAAUUUUCGUUUUAGUGUUGAAUUGCGAAUAAAUAUUACAUUUAUGGGACACCUUUUAGUGCUAUUAUGCUUGUAGAGAAAUAACAAAAUUUCUCCUUUUUAUUUUUUAGACAUGUCAUCCUAGUUGUGAUUGGUCUUUGCUUUGUCUACAUGGUCAAAUUAAGCUUUCAUUCCAAAGAAUGUGACAUGGCAAGAAUUCAUUAUGUCAACCCUGAGCACGCAAAGGUUAGUUAUUAUGUCAUACUGAAAAAUACAACUUUAGCCUCCAAAUGGCAACUAGACAUUCCGUUUUGGUGACUGUGACCCUGGUUUAAGGAGCCAUUUGGCCCCUAGCUUAGAUGCCUGAGUUUCUAAGACUGCAUGUACAGUGGUACCUCGGUUUAAGAACGAUUUGGUUUACAAACUCUGCAAAACCGGAAAUAGUGUCUUGGUUUGAGAACUCUACCUCCGUCUAAGAACGGAAUCCGAACCGUGGAAGGGCACUGGCGGCGGGAGGCCUCAUGAGGGAAAGCGCGCAACGGUUUCGGUUUAAGAACGGACUUUCGGAACAGAAUAAGUUUGUAAAUCAAAGUACCACUGUACAGCUUAACUUCUGUGUCUUCAUCUUCUAGAGAGCACAGAAGUAUGCUGAGCAAAUUGUUCAAGCUGAGUGCCGGCCAUCUUUUGUGAAGACAGGGAUGGGCAGAUUAUUUAUGGAAAAGUACAGUAUGAACGCAUCUCCUUUUGUAAGAAGAGACAUAAAGACGCAAGAAGCCAUCUUCAAAUACAAACCGCCCUUUGGAUUUCACAAGUUUUCUGAAAAACUUCAAGACCUGUUGGAACUUUUACCCGAAUAUGACCUUCCGGAAAGCUUGCAAUCGAAGCCUUGUAAACGCUGUGUUGUCGUUGGGAGUGGCGGGGUUCUUAAUGGACUGGAGUUGGGCUACGCCCUGAACCAAUUUGACAUUGUUAUAAGGUAUAUAUUGCUUUUUUUCCCCCCUUGAAGGUUUUGAGUGAAACAUAGAGCUGUGACUGAAAUUCAGGAUCUUUGCUGAAAAAACAUUGGCCUCUGUUAGAUUUGUGCUUCCUGUGCUCAGUUUGUGAUCGGUCAUUUUCUAGUUACGACCGUUUAAAAUGUGAUUGUCACUACAGUGGUACCUCGGGUUACAUACACUUCAGGUUACAUAAUCUUCAGGUUACAGACUCCACUAACCCAGAAAUAGUGCUUUGGGUUAAGAACUUUGCUUCAGGAUGAGAACAGAAAUCGUGCUCCGGUGGCGCGGCGGCAACAGGAGGCCCCUUAGCUAAAGUGGUGCUUCAGGUUAAGAACAGUUUCAGGUUAAGAACAGACCUCCGGAACGAAUUAAGUAUGCAACCAGAGGUACCACUGUAUGCUUUUUCGUUUCAAAAUGAAUCAUAGAAUCAUAGAGUUGGAAGAGACCACAAGGGCCAUCGAGUCCAACCCCCUGCCAAGCAGGAAACGCCAUCUAAAUCUAAAAUUGUAGUUAAGCAGGAAAUACAGAGGAAUCUUUUAAGUUUGUCUUUACAAAACUCAUUAAGAUGGGCACUCAUUCAUGCGAUUUAUUUUACUUCACAGGUUAAAUAAUGCACCAGUUCAGGGAUACACAGAUGAUGUUGGUAAUAAAACUACCAUAAGGAUGACAUAUCCAGAAGGUGCCCCCUUAUCUGAACAUGAGUAUUAUCCAAAUGGCUUAUUUGUUGCUGUUUUGUUUAAAAGUGUUGAUUUUGACUGGAUUCAAGCAAUGGUGAAAAAUGAGACACUUGUAAGUAAUAGCCAUAUAAACACCUUAUCAACGUUUGGGUUUCCUGUUACCCAGUGCUAUCUUUCCAGAAAAAGGGGUGCCAGAACUGAGUUCUGGCUGAAAAAAAGCCCUGAUAUUACCUGUGUAAAUAACAUUGAGAGGGUUUUUUAAAGCUUAGGACUGCCAGAAUCAAUACGGUUUUCAUGUUUAUUGUUCAAAAUUCUUGGAAGUCUGCAUAAUCUGAGAAUGUCUAUCCCAUUUCAUGGAACGUAUUGCACUGUUCUCCCAAUUGGUGGCGCUGUGGUCUAAACCACAAAGCCUAGGACUUGCCAGUCAGAAGGUUGGCAGUUCGAAUCCCUGCAACGGGGUGAGCUCCCGUUGCUCGGUCCCAGCUCCUGCCAACCUAGCAGUUCGAGAGCACGUCAAAGUGCGAGUAGAUAAAUAGGUACCGCUCCAGUGGGAAGGUAAACGGCGUUUCUGUGUGCUGCUCUGGUUCGCCAGAAGCGAUUUAGGCAUGCUGGCCACGUGACCCAGAAGCCGUACGCCGGCUCCCUCGGCCAGUAAAGCAAGAUGAGCACUGCAACCCCAGAGUCGGCCACGACUGGACCUAAUGGUCAGGGGUCCCUUUACCUUUACAUAAGAACAUUUAGUCCACCAUGGAGGCAAAGCAUUACCUCCAUCAUGGCUAGGAGUGACUUAAACAUGUAAGUCCCAUGAUUUAUACAUAAAUAGCUAGUAGGGACUAUUACUAUGUGUACUCUUCACUUUUUCCAAACCUAAAUGUGUUUUGGGAGGGCAGUUGUAUAAUAAAAAUUAGACUGUAUUAUGACUCAUAACCCUGGGAAGUGUGUGUUAUACAUACGUUAUGGAUUCCAAGCUUUGUAAUCAUUUUAAUAUUAUUUUUCUUGCAGCCACUCUGGAUGCGGCUGUUUUUUUGGAAGCAGGUAGCCGAGAAAAUACCAGUGCUACCUAAACACAUUCGCAUCUUAAACCCGUUAAUAGUCAAAGAGACGGCUUUUGAUAUUCUGGAGUAUCCUGAACCUCGAGCGAUGUUCUGGGGCUGGGACAAGGUGUGUGUAUGUUUUGCGGAUAAAAGAAGAUGCUUGCAUUUUUCUGCUGCAGUCCAGUCAUUGUUAAGGAUACAUGAAAAUGCCUUAAUCCAGGGUCCCCCAAACUUGGGUCUCCAGCUGUAUAUAUAUAUAUGAAUGAUAUUUUUUAUUAGUUUUUUUAGCAUAUCGUUUUCAACAGUAAUUAACCAUACUUUUACAUCUUAUUCAAAUUUUUGACUUCCAUCAAUCCUGUCUGAAAAUUUUCUAAUCUAAUCUCUCAGUAUGCAUUUCUUAUCUUCCCUAUUACAUUUCAAACUCAUAACCAAUAUCUCUAUCUUUUUCUACUUUGUAACACUUCGUAUAUUUCUCCUUACAAAACUUCUUGUAGUCCUACUAGCGUAAUUUGUUAAUUACAGUUGUUCUUCAAAUAAUUCAUAUACUUCUUCCAAUCUUCUGUAAAUCUCUGGUCCAGCAGGUUUCGAAUCCUACCUGUCAUUUUGUCCAACUCUGCAUAGUCCAUUAAUUUUGUCUGCCAUUCUUCUUUCGUCGGAAUUUCUUCUUGUUUCCAUUUCUGGGCUAACAAUACCCUUGCCGCAGUUGUUGCAUGUAAAAACAAUUUAACAUCUUGUCUAUUAAUGUCCUCACCUAUAAUACCAAGUAAAAAUGCUUCUGGCUUUUUUAAGAAUGUAUAUUUCACCAUCUUUUUCAUCUCAUUAUAUAUCAUUUGACUGCAUUCCACUGCAAUUUUGUUUAAUUUGCACAGGUCUGUCUUAAGUUCCAUUAGACAUGGAUAUGGAAAUACUUUUUUAUGUAACGUGCAACAGACACACGUAUCUCAUCUAUCGACAAUAUUUACAUACCAGCUGCUUCCCCUGGGUGUUCCCUGUCAAAGCUGAUAAGUUUCCAGAGGUGUGGCCCUGAUAGUCUUGUGCAGCAAAAACAGCCAAGAAUUUUGUUGCACCUGAAAGACAAAUCAAUUUAUCAGCUUUUGGCCAUCUUCCAGCUCUACAAAUCUAUGAUCAGCUAAUACAGUCAUACCUCGUGUUGUGUUAGGUUCAUGUUGCGUCUUUUCAGCUUGCGAAUGCGCCAAACCCGGAAGUGUAUACUUACGGGUUUCCGCGUCCGCAGAAGCAGCGCUCUAGUUACAGACUUUUCAGGGUGCAAACGGCACCCCGGAACGGAUCGAGUCCAUAACUAGAGGUACCACUGUACCUUUAACAUCAUUUGCUUUUAUUCUUGAUCAAAAGUGUGAUUGUUAGUGUGGUGGUUUUGUUUUUAGUUUUCUUUGUUUGCUGUGGUCGGUUUUGUUUCUUUCUUUACUAGUUGCCAUUGACUGCAUUGGAUGGCUUUAACUAAUUUUUAUUGAUGUCACCUGGUGCCUUUGGCAUUAGGUAACUUAAAUAAAUUCAGUAAAUAACGAUAAAUCACAAUUUCGCAGUAAAACUGCAGUUUCAAAACAAAAACCAAAAACGGUCAUGUAAAAUAGAAUAUUGCAACAGCCAAAAAAGUCUCUAAAGGAACUUAAGACAGACUUGUGCAAAUUAAACAAAUUGCAGUGGAAUGCAAAAUAUCAGAGAUAGCAUAAGAAAUCAUAAUUGCAUGCGCAUUCUCCAUGAUUUUCUUCAUUUUUAAACCAAGCAAAGAAUAUCAGGCAUGGCUUAAGUCUAGGGAAUCUUGUGGUUGUCAGUGUUUGGACAAGAUGAUGAUCUAUUAAUUUAUUCCUUUACCAUAUUCAUUAGUAAUUAGUUGAUUUUCAGCAGCAGUAGUGUGUAAUAUGGCAUUGUCACCCUAAUAUAACAAGCAUACUCUAAUUUGGGAAUGUCAUUUCCUCCCCUUUAGAAUGUGCCUACCAUCGGUGUGAUGGCUGUGGUUCUGGCCUCACAUUUAUGCGAUGAAGUGAGUAUAGCUGGAUUUGGAUACGAUCUGAGUCAGCCCAACACCCCAUUGCAUUAUUUUGACAAUCUUUGCAUGGCUGCGAUGAACAGCCAGAGAAUGCACAAUGUGACUACAGAAGCAAAAUUUCUUCAGAAGCUGAUAAAAGAGAGAAUUGUAAGAGACCUCAGUGGAGGAAUACAUUGCGACUUCUGCGGAAAGACAAGUUAGUGACUGAAAAUGAUCCCAAAGACUGGAUUCUGUGUGUUCCUGCAGCCUCCUCCUCCCCAAAGGAGGCACUCUCAGUUUUUCCAUCUUGCAGGAUGCCCUAAAGGACUUUUGAUUACCGUGUUCAGCUGCUUUCCUUUUUAAUUUUAUGUUCAGUUGGGUAAGUAUUUUUUAAUGUACAUGAAAAUAACGUUUUGCUUCCCACAAGGAUUUUGUGGGUAGUUUAAAUUUCCUUAGUGCAUAUUUAAUGGUUUAGUGUUUGGAAAGAGAUCCAGAACCUUUUUAUUAUAUAGGUUACUGUGCCUAGAGCUGUGUUUCUUGACUUCAUGAAGGAAAAAAUUCUCAAUUGGUGGUUCAUUCUCACGUCGUGCAGCACUUUUAAAUGUGUGGAUUUAUUUUUAUUUUUAUUAGAGAACAUGAAUAUUGGGAUAUGGAAGUGACUCUCAUUACUGGGUGAAGCGAUCACUUACGGUACAUUCCCUUCCUUAGACCAUAUUCCUGACAUUUUAAUUCUUCCUCCAGUCAGCCUUUUACACUGCAGAGCCAAAGCCCCUUUUCAGUGACAUGGCCAGAAAGUGCAGCAUCUACUCCCAAUUUAGAGACCAAUUUAGAGACCAAUAAUCACCAAGCAUGGUCUGGGCUGGGGCUGUUUGAUAUCCGUCUUACUGUGAAGACGCUGACUUCCUUGAAACAAGCAAAUAAGAACAAUUUUGAUAACCCGGUACAGUAUUACAGUAUAGGUGUUUUUUAGGUGUAAAGUAUUUCUCUCCUUCCAAGUCAUGCAUUACCUAGGGAGGUAUAGCGAUGAUACGGCAGCUUCCCAUAAGAUCUGAAUAUCCCACGUGAUUCAGUCUUUCAAAUGUGGUAAACCUGUGGACCUGAUGCAGCCCUCCCAUGAUUUUUUUUUGGGGGGGGCACCCCCAAUGUGAGGGACGCGGGUGGCGCUGUGGGUUAAACCACAGAGCCUAGGGCUUGCCGAUCAGAAGGUCAGCAGUUUGAAUCCCCAUGACGGGGUGAGCUCCCGUUGCUCGUUCCCAGCUCCUGCCAACCUAGCAGUUCGAAAGCAUGAAGUGCAAGUAGAUAAAUAGGUACCGCUCCGGCGGGAAGGUAAACGAUGUUUCCGUGCGCUGCUCUGGCUUGGCAGAAGCGGCUUAGUCAUGCUGGCCACAUGACCCGGAAGCUGUACGCCGGCUCCCACGGCCAAUAAAGCGAGAUGAGCGCCACAACCCCAGAGUCGUCCACGACAACCUAAUGGUCAGGGGUCCCUUUACCUUUACCCCCAAUGUGGGUGGUUGCUGUGAAUCGCAAACUCAGAGAGCUCCCUCCUAUUUCUGAUGCACUCAUCUGUUAGCAGCAGUAGAUGGGGACAGGAGGAGAGGCAAGAUUUCGGCGCCUCUUUUUUUUGCUGCCCAUUGCAGAAUGCCGCUGCCAAGGGACCAUUACACCAAGAAACAUCCUCUUACCAUCCUCACACCAAGUGGUAAGAGUUGGAGUCCAGCAACGUCUCGAGGGCUGACAGUUCCCCAGUCCUAAUGUUAAGGAUGGCGUACGUAGAAACGACAAAUGAAAUAGUAUUCACCGUUACGGGUUGGUUGCUGUGGUGUGAAAUAGUAAUUUCAUGAAGAAUGAGGUUUCUGUUAAGAUGUGGUCCCGGUGGUGUGAUGGGACCCACAGUAGAGAUGCUUCUUCCUAACAAGAGAAACCCCUGCAGAAGAUCAUGUGGAAGAAGCCCAGUUUUCCAGGGGUGGUUCCUGGUGUACGGUAAAAGUGCAGUGUUGGCUUCUCAAGUUAUUACCCUGAUAUGAUAGCAGGGAGCGAGACUGUGGCAGUUAUCAUGGGUAACAUAGGACCUAGGGCCACUCCAGACUGGUGUUUUAUUGCAGGCAUAUUCUGCAUCAUUUUCUUGCCACAUGAAUAGUGCAAAAAUAGUGGAUGUGUUCUGCUUUAUUAGUUCUGCGAUGCUUCCCUAAUGCCACAUUAUUGAUCUCCAGAGGAGCAAUAGGAGCAUAAGAAGCUGCCUUAUACAGAAUCAGACCAUUGACCCAUCUAGCUCAGUGCUAUCUGUUAUCAUUGUUUAUUAAAUUUAUAGAGCACCUUUCAUCAGGAGAUCACAGGGUGGUUGACAACAAAACGAGGACGAGGAAGAGGUGGGCAGUCUUGAUGGAGCACUCUUCUCAAUCAGUGCUGUAAGUGCUUGUGGAAAAGGAAUAAUAAUAGGUUUCCAGAGCUGCGUGUAGAUUGAACACACUUAAAUGGGAGGAACCCUGUACAUGCAUCUUCCCAAGAGCCUAUGUUUAUUGAACAAAUAUCUCAGCAAGUUCAAGGAUUUGGCUACAUCCAAAUGAAAAAGAAGUCAGAAAGCUGACCAGCUUCAUCUGGCUUGUGAUGCACAUAAGAGGAGCUUGCCCUCAAUUUAGACACACUCUGUAAGAAAGCACCCAAUUUAGAUCAUGCUUGAAUUCAUAUAAUAAGAAUUUGAGGAGCACAACGUUCAGCCUUCCUAGUAUUUCAGGCACGAGUCUCUCCCAACCCCUACCUAGAGAUGACGGGGAUCGAAAAUGGGACGUUCUGCUUGCAAGGCAGACCUUCUGCCACUGAGCUUUGCUCCCUCCCCAGCACAGCCAAAGCAGAACAAAAAUAAACCAGAACAUUUGUGGCAUAAAAGGUGAUGGGAUUUUAGCAGGACAUUGCAGGAUAUGCACUGAUUGGAAACGAAGCGGCAAGAUCGCCCCAAAACAUUUGCAGGUGGGAACAAUAUUGGAAAGGACACCCAAAUUUUUUAUUUAUUUUAUUUAUUGUAUUUAUGUCCCCCUCCCCAAUUAAUUCCCACAACAGCCUUGUGAGGUAGGUUGGGCUGAGAGGCAGUAGCUGCCGCAAAGCCACCCUGUGAGCUCCACGGCCUAGUGGGGAUUUGAACCCAGAUCCUAGACUGACACUGCAACCACUACACCACACUGGCAUUGCAAGCACAAAUUAUUAUGAAUGUGUGCAAUAAAAAAUGAUGUCUGGAGGGGCCUACCUAAGUACUAAUGAAUUUUUGUAUGAAUUGCAUCGGUUAUAAUAAACGUUAUUUCCAUC